GACCAGUUAGCCGGCAUCCCAACCAGAUGCGAAUUGCAAUUCCACCUCUACUCACCCGACUUCUUGGACGCGACAGGCUCUUGGGGAGCUUCUCCGGAGACUGUGCACCAGUUAGCAAAGCUGCAAGCAGGCGGGGAUCAAAACGAGCGAUGAACGGAAAUCUCAAUCUAUAAUGAAAGACGGCAGGGCAUCACUCACUUCCGCAAAGCAUGGCGACUGGGUCUGGAUCGCCUCUGAGCUGCCAAUGGCUGUGAAUUGAAUGCUAUACCGGGUGAAAUCUCACAAGGCUGCCAGCUUCUUCAGCGACGCCCGCGGCUCCUCGCGCGCGACCUUGCAUCCCGAUCGAGAUUUUCCGCUCCCUGGCGCACAGACCAAGCACGUCACGCGCUGAUAGUGAUAAGCCCGCCGCUCACCAAGAACAAGCUACCAACUCGGUAUCGCUGCUUUUCGUCGCUCCACUGGAAUGCGGGGGGUUAAGGGGAUGAGCUUGGCUGUCGUCUGACUCUUGCUUUUUGUGCAAAUUCAUUCGUUUGUUUUUUCUUUUUUUUCCUUCUGUUACCUUUGUUCAGUGACUCUUGUCCCAAGGCUCUUUUGCGAGUUUGUGUGAUUGUUUCUGCGGCUGGAUUCCACGUCUCACAGACCCCGCCCAAAGCUCAUAUAAUCUGGCCCUCGUCCUCGGCGCCAUUGUUUGUUAUAGACGGCGCUCACUCACUGCUUCUUCUGCCAAAACUGCAACGCGAUUCAGUCCCUCGACUCAAAACACCAACUCAUCCUAAUAGCGUUUCUGGCGGUCCUCUUCUCCUUGUCCGCGAAAGCAUACGUGUUGCAUCAUGCCAUUGGAGCGUCUCCCCCCUAUUGCGGCUCUCCACUCGUACACGGAUUUGGCGCAGACCGAGGUGCUCGACGUGCUCUUUGAGCCCAGCCCGGCCAUCCACAACACGCUGUUGCCCGUGAUCCGCACCGCCGUCUACACCUCCUAUCCCGACCUGAUAGACGUAUGCCAGAUCCGGCUGCUCGCUCUCGCGGCAAAGUCCGCCGAGACAGAACCGCAUCCAGUCCUGCUCUCCGUGCUCGGAUCCCAUCCCCGUCUUGGCGAGAAGAACAUUGAGUCGGCGCAAUCCGUCGCUGAACAGGCAAACAUCCAGGGCGGCUCCGAAGAAGAGCUGGCCACGCUCAACAGGGAAUACGAAGAGGCGUUCCCGGGACUCAGAUAUGUCGUCUUUGUCAACGGCAGAGGGCGCCCCGAGAUCAUGGAUGACAUGAGGAUGCGGAUCGAACGAAGCGACUACUCAAUGGAAGUCGAUGCUGCAUUACAGGUACGGCCAGGCACAGAGCCAGCAUGGAUCAUCUCACAUGGUAAUUUUCAACGAGCUAAUUCUUUUCUUUCUUCUUCACAACCAUAAAGGCCAUGUGCGACAUUGCAAAAGCCAGGGCUUCCAAGCUCCCCGAAGAUACUAACCGCAAGCAAUCCAACGGCAACUGAUUCUUUGAAAAAAAGAAGAAGAAAAAAGCCAUUAUAUACACUAUAUGCAUUGGUGGGAUAUUCGAUAUCAUAACUUCCUAGCUUAUUACAUUUCCGGGGGACAUAAUACUUUCUGGGUCCCUGCCGCCAACGCCCAUAGCCUUUACACUCAUC